AUGGCAGUUUGUACAGAUGAGUCAGAUGUCAAAGCGGCCACCGCACUCCUACAUCACUGCCGAAAGGCUCAUCAAGACCUGAUGAAGUGUGCAAGGGACGAAGAGGUGUUGCUCUCCAGGCUCUGCUUCCAGCUCCAGCAGAUACGAGAAACAGACCCCGCGGCAGCCAACCCAAUCUCCAGAGGAGUCGUGGGUCAGAAGCCUGUGGUGAAAGCAGAAGAGACUCUGCAGGCCUCCCGGCAUGCAGAUGACAGGUGUGUAGACCUGCCAAGAGACCUACCAGAAGUUGAGUCACGCGCCUCACACGGUUCAAGUGAGUCUCGAAGGCGUGCAAGUCUGCGCGAGUUGAAGGAGAAAGGUUUGGACAGGAUUCCAUCCGAGAGUGCUGAACCGCAGUAUGCUAUUGUUGGUAUCAGUGGCGCUGGACGACCUGUUGUCCGCAACGGCUUGAUCAACAUGCUGAGAUCCAACUUUUCUUCAUCGAAGGAAGAGUACAGGUGGUGGUGUUCCAGCAUGCUGGCCCAGUGCCUCCUCUCCAUGACCGUACUCCUCGAGCGCCUGUGGUCGCUGGAAGAGCCAGAACGCAAAGGUUGCCUUGCCAGGUUUGUGAGCAGCACAGUCUUCGGCAUACUGUCCACGGCCGUGAUUUUGCUGAAUGCGUGCUUCAUCUUGUACACAACAGAUCUUGAGAUGCAAAGCAUCGACCAGCCUUUGGUGGAAAUGGACGCAAACGUCAAGCUGAUUGAGCUGCUCCUGGCCUCCGUCUACGUACUGGAGGUGAUCCUCAAGCUGGCAGUGCAUAAACUGUACUACUUCUGGAAUUCCGAGAUGGCAUGGAACCUCUUCGAUUUCAUGCUUGUCGUCUUUUCGAUUUUCGAGAAUCUCCUGGUGCACGGCUUGCUGCCAGGGCAGCAGGUUUCGUCAGAUGCGGCCUCGAGCGUUAACCUGGGCUUCCUGCGUCUCAUCCGUCUUUGCAAGAUUGUGAAGAUCUUACGCGUCUUCCGAACAUUGAAAUUCUUUAGCGAGCUUCGCUUGAUGUUGGACUGUGUCCUGGGCUCGCUUAUGAACGUGAUGUGGUGCGUCAUCCUGCUGGUUUUUGUUAUGUACGUUUUCGGCCUGCUGCUGCAGCAGGGAAUCGUGCAGUACUUCAUGGAGGAGAACGUCACCCCGAAGGCAGCGGGUGAGUUGAGGGACUACUUUCAAUCGGUCGGUGACACCAUCAUCACGCUGUUCCAGUCGUCAACUUCUGGAGUGGACUGGAAUGAGCCGUACCAAGCAUUGAAGAACACCGGGCAGCUGUUGCCGAACUUGUAUCUGGCAUAUGUCGCCUUCGUUUUCAUUUCGGUGUGGAACAUCGUGACCAGCACCUUUGUGGAAAAAGCAUUGAAGCUGGCUCAACCUGAUGUGGACAUGCUUAUCUUGGAGCAGCAGCUCCAGGAUUUUGAAGACUGCAAAAUGCUGUCUAAGCUCUUCCAAAACAUGGGCCCCAAAGACGAUGAUGGAAGCGGGCGCAUCGGAAUGAAGGAGUUCGGACGCUUGGUUGAGACCUACGAGUUCAGAUCGUACCUACAAACCAAAGGCAUUGACAUCAAGAAUGCGGAGACCUUCUUCAAAAUGCUCGUGGAGCUACAGGGCGAGAAUACACUGGAUGCAGGCACUUUUGCCAAUGCUUGUGUACGCAUGAAGGGAGCGGCAACGAGCAUCGAUCUGCAGACCGUCAUGUUCACCACGCAUCUCAUGAACAAAGAACAGCGCAAAUUCUUCCAGUCUUUGCAUGGUCGCCUUUCCACCAUUGAGUCCAUUCUUCUCGAAGAGCCCUGUGUGAGCCAGGGCCCUGAUGGCAUCCCUAGUGGCCCCAGUGUGCAGAUGCCCGCACGCGAGGACACCUCCUCAUGGCACCGGCUUUGA